AUGAUUCCUGUGGAAUCCAGCUUUAGAGAGAACAUUUCAUUCAUCCGAGAUGAUAUAUGCGCAAUGGCUUCUGAAUUUGUACCCGAGACAUCUGAAAUUGGUUCCUUGACGGCACAUUCGAACGAGGAUAGCCAGUUCGUCGGUAGCUCAAGCGGCGUCUAUUUCAUCAAGACCGUGAAACGUGCAUUCAACAGCCUAGAGGGCCCGGGUUCAUCUGAACCCCAAUUGCCCACAGCAGAGGAAACGCUCGUAGGCGCUGAAACUUCACCUCGUGACAAGCGCCAGCGCACCUCAUCCGUCAGAGACACUGCUUCGUCCUCGGAAGUGGUCGAAUCUCCCGCAGAAUUGACCUACGACCCAACAUUGACGGCAUCUCUGGGCAAUCUACCGCCCCCAGAUGUGGCCAAGAGUCUGAUGAUGAUGUACUUCAAAGUCUGGCACCCUCUGUUCCCGUUCCUGCAUGGUCCCACCUUCCUGCAGGCGAUGGAGAAAGUCUACUCGAGCAGGAAUGAAACUCAGCACACGCCGGAAUCAUGCAUAGAUCACCGGAGUACAUGCUGGACCACAGUUUUCCAAUGUGUCUUCAAUCUAGGCAGUUUACUAGCGCCAGACGUAGAUCUGCCAUCCGAGUCGAAGAUCCAAUCACCGACCAGUUUCAACUCUUUACUCGGCACUCUCUCCUCUCGACAUGAUAUCGUUUCACUACAAGCGCUUCUAGCUAUCCAAGUCUAUCUCGUCGCUACCAUGUCACUUCGACAAGCAUCGACUGUCGGAGGCUGUAUCCUACGCUCGAUGCUUCACGCCGGUCUCCACCGGUGUCCAUUUCGAUACAAGCAACUCUCCACCCACGACCGACAACUGCGCAAGCGGGUCUUUUGGUGCGCUUAUGCAAUCGAUAGAUACCUGAGCCAGGCGUUGGGCUUGCCGCUUGGUAUACAGGAUUCUGAUAUCGACGUGUGUCUGCCUGCUGCCCGGGAAAUGCAUUCCCCUCGAGGCCAGACGACUCAGUCUGCGAAUGACAACUCCGCGCCGCAGCACGGUAAGAAAGAAUACCAUGACAAGGAAAGCGUUCUUGCUAGCUAUGUUGACUCGGGGACUCUGACGGGCCGGGCAUUGGAGCUCUUCCACAAAUCAAUAUUGGUUCGAUCCGUUCGUCGCAGUUCGGUGUUGUUCCUCGUAACAGACGUACAUAAGUGGUGGAAUGGUCUUCCCUCCCAUCUCCAAAGAAAGUCAGCAGUAUCUGAACACAGGGUGGGAUCUGUAAUGGCAGACACUGCGUUUGAUUUUGCUCCUUUUUUCACGGUGCUGUAUCAGCAUCUCAUCCUCAUCAUCCAUCGGCCUUCGUUGUCGCUGGAUCCGUCCACUGCGGAAUUCUGCUCUGGAUUGCAAACUUGCAUCGGGGCUGCUCGGGCUAUACUUGCCGCGCUGAGGUUGCAAGUCGAUAGCCGCCAGGCUCUAUUCUGGCCGGGCUUUUUGUCGGCUGCGUGGAUGUCCGGGUUGGUUUUGGCUUUGGCUUGUCAACUGAACCAAUAUGUGUUGACGAAGGGUCUUCAGGAAAUAGAGGAAUUUUCGGGAUACCUGCGUUUGAUGUCUACUCAAUGGGAGACAGCCAAACACUGCCACAUGUCGCUCUCAGUGCUGACCGCGAAAAUCCAACAGUCAGAAAGCGGAUCCGAUCCAACAGCAAAUUCCCAAGCGUAUGUGAGGGGCUCUGAGGGAAGUCCGACACUUGUGGAAUCUUUGGCUGCACGCGAGGAGAACAGACGGAGACUUAGUCGUCUCUCACACUCGCGAGAAGAGUUCGACGUAUCGGUAGAACCUUCCGAUCUUGAGCACCGGAAUAACACAUGGGUCGAGGCUAUGCAUAGGGGCCAUGAUUCCACGGUAGUUCCUUCGGCAUCGAUGCACCCGUUGCAAAUGAACGAGCAGGGCAUUCUCGCCGAUACAUCGUCUUCACAGAUGGAUUUACAGGACAUGGAUGCCACACACCUUGACGGGAUAUCGAAUUUCGACUUGAACAUGGUGGAUUUAAUCGAGGGUGCUAACUUUGACACUCUGUUCGAUAUGAUCGGGCAGCAAUUCCCCAGCUUUUAG